UGAAAGGUAGAACAUGAAUUAUAUUAACUUGAUUAACCAUAGAUAAGUGAGGGUUUAACAAGUGACCAACUUGUGACUUCAUUAACAACCUAGCACAAAUAAUCGUACUUGAUUGGCAGAAUGUCAACGAACUUUGAAAAUUUUGAUGUGCGGGACUGCAUGAUCAUAACCAAAGCCGUGAAGUCAAGAAAUGCUGAGAAUGUGGAGAAAGUCAUAGCCUCACUGUUGAGUCAUGGGCAUGACAUCACUCACAGCCUCUGCACACCUGAUCAACAGGGCUACUCAGCUCUUCAUUAUGCUGUUUUGUACAAGGAUCUUGCAAUGGUGAAGAAACUUCUCAUCCAUGCAGAUAAAAGGUGCAUAAACAUGGAGAGUCAUGGUCGAUCCACUGCUCUGCUGCUUCUCUGUAGAACCUGCUCAGCCUCAGACCUGGAGGAAGAAAUAUUGGCGAGCCUUCUACAUGCUGGGGCAAAUCCCAACCUGCCUGAAAAAGAUCCAUUUUCCCUGCCCUUAUUGUGCGCCUUGGAGAGACGCUGGUGGCGAGGAGCUGAUCUAAUGCUGGACGCAGGGGCUGACGCCACAGCCACAGAUUCUGAGCACAAUGAGCUUGAAGCCACAUUCUUUGCUCGGGAUAAUGUCGAAAUACUGAGGAAACUUUUGAGUAGAGGAUGUCCCUGCCAUUACCUCGAUGAUUGGAUAGCUAGUAGAAGUCUAACAGAGGCCCAGUUGAAGACCAUAUUGCCGCCGUACAUAUUGUCUAACCCUAAGGGUGAUGUGCUGGAUGUUCUGCUUGCUGCUGCCUCGGUAUCGUACCACGAGAGCGCUCUGUACAUUCUGGAGCAUUGCGUGUUUGAUGAGAUAUAUCAAUUUGAGCGCAUAAUCGGCAAUAUCUAUAAACUUAAUAAAGAAAUCAACUGGGCAGACAAGAACAAGUACAUAACUGCCUUGAUGAAGAACAUUUUCAAGAGUGAAAUGGACAAGAACGACCUGCUGAUAAUGCUUUUCCUGGUAUGCGCCAGAUUGUUGGAGCUGGUGCAAGCUGGAAGUAUAGUUGAGUUUAUCUUGCCCAUAGCUGCUGCGGGAUGA